AUGCCGAAAAAUAUUGAUGAAAGGAAGAAAUAUAAGAACAUUUUUGCAUAUGUCACGUAUUAUCAUGUAUUAAACAAUGAAAUAACUCUUCAACCGUUUAUCUCGUCCAGAUGUUACAUCACAUUGACAACAGCUCUUCAUUUAUAUCGCGGUGGAAGUCCAAAGGGACCUGCGGGUACUGGAAAAACUGAAACAGUAAAAGACCUUGGAAAAGCGCUCGGUUUCAAUGUAAUCGUACAAAAUUGUUCAGAAGGAUUGGAUUAUAAAAGUAUGGGUAGAUUAUUUUGCGGAUUGUCGCAAUCCGGCGCCUGGGGAUGCUUUGAUGAGUUCAACCGAAUUAAUGUCGAAGUGUUAUCAGUAGUAGCGCAACAGAUACUAUCGAUAUUGACCGCCCUCGCUCAGAGACUUACGAGAUUCAUUUUCGACGGCGCCUCUAUAAAUCUGGUGCACACCUGCGGCAUCUUCAUCACAAUGAAUCCUGGUUACGCCGGACGUACCGAACUUCCAGACAAUUUAAAGUCCAUGUUCCGGCCAAUCUCGAUGAUGGUGCCGGACAGUACCAUGAUUGUUGAAAUCAACCUGUUUGGCGAAGGGUUUCAAAACACACUUGUGUUAGCCAAAAAGAUCUUUACCUUAUACUCUCUCGCUCAGCAGCAGCUAAGUAAACAGCAUCAUUACGACUUUGGUUUGCGAGGUAUAGUAACACUAACUCGAUACGCUGGUAAAAAGAGAAGGCUAUAUUCCAAUUUACCCGACGACGAAAUAAUUAUUCUCGCCAUGAAAGAUAUGAACGUCGCCAAACUUACCUCGGAUGAUCUACCGCUAUUCCUCGAUAUUAUUACGGAUCUUUUCCCCAACGUAGACGUAUCCACCGUGGAUUACGAGGAAAUUAUCAGUUAUAUAACCAAUGAGGCAAUCAAGUUGAAGCUGCAGCCGAUUCCAAUGAUGGUGACAAAAGUCAUCGAGCUGUACGAGACAAAGAGCUCGCGUCACUCAACGAUGAUUGUCGGCGUGUCAAACACCGCAAAAACCGCAACGUGGAAGAUUUUACAGAAUACGAUGACGACAAUGAAGAGCGAUGGAAAGCCGGGCUUUAACACCGUUCACGUAUAUCCCAUUAAUCCUAAGGCACUAAGUCUCGGUAAACUCUACGGCGAGUACAAUCUUUCUACCGGAGAAUGGCUCGACGGGGUGAUAUCGUCCAUCAUGCGGAAAACUUGUUCCGAAGAUACCGCCGAUGAGAAGUGGAUCCUCUUUGACGGACCCGUGGACCCUGAUUGGAUUGAAAACAUGAACAGCGUCAUGGACGACAACAAGGUACUGACGCUGAUAAAUAAUGAUCGCAUCACUGUACCCGAUCAAGUGUCGUUGCUCUUUGAAGUGCAAGACUUAGCUGUCGCCUCUCCAGCGACGAUCUCGAGAGUAGGUAUGGUUUAUAACGAUUACAAGAGUCUCGGCUGGCGUCCGUACGUCGAUUCGUGGUUACAAAAGUAUAGCGCAAGACCGGAGUUUGUCGAGGAGAUGAAUCAGCUGUUCGAGAGCCACAUUAACAGCACGUUGGAAUUUAAGCGGAAGAAUUGCGAGGAACUCGUGCCUGUUCACGAGUUAAACGCCAUUCAGUCGCUCUGCAAAUUACUGGAAGUACUCGCGACACCGCAAAACGGUGUGGAAUUAGGCGAAGAUCGCGCUGCCUUUUCCAUAAUAUGCAAAAUAUGGUUUUUCUUCUGCAUGGUAUGGUCAUUGUGUGCCUCGGUCGAUGAGAAAGGUCGUCAGAAGAUGGAUAAUUUCAUAAGAGAAAUCGAAAGUUCCUUUCCGCUGCGGGACACAGUUUACGAGUAUUACGUGGAUACACGUCUGCGUACUUUCAUUUUAUGGGAGGAAAAAUUAUCACAGGCUUGGAAAUUUCAACUUGGCCUGCCAUUCUACAAGAUAAUAGUACCUACUGUGGACACGAUACGAUACGAUUACGUCGUGAGUUCCCUCCUAUCGAAUGGUUUUCCGGUGCUCGUAGUGGGUCCGGUGGGUACAGGAAAAACGUCUAACAUCCACUCGGUACUUGAGCUCCUAGACGACACGAAGUACGCCGUUCUACUUGUAAACAUGUCGGCACAAACUACAUCCAAUAACAUACAAGAUGCAAUAGAAAGCAGACUGGAGAAACGAACGAAAGGUGUUUACAUUCCCACGGGCGGUAAGACUCUGAUCACUUUCAUGGACGAUUUUAAUAUGCCCAUGAAAGAGAAAUACGGCUCGCAACCGCCGUUAGAAUUAAUUCGACAGUGGAUUGAUUACGGAUUUUGGUUCGAUCGCCAGAAGCAAACAAGAAAGUACAUUCAAACAAUACAAUUAAUAGCAGCGAUGGGACCAUCCGGCGGAGGCCGCAACAUCAUUACGGAUCGACUACUUACGAAAUUUAAUAUCAUUAAUAUGACUUUUCCAUCUGAGAAACAAAUUAUAAGAAUCUACGGCACAAUGCUAAAUCAGCAACUUUCCGAAUUUCAUGCUGAAGUAAAAGGAAUAUCAAAUGACAUAACACUUGCCUCGAUCAAACUUUACAAUCACGUAAUUCAAAAGAUGCUUCCCACUCCAUCCAAAAUGCAUUACUUAUUUAACUUAAGGGAUAUAUCAAAGGUCUUCCAAGGGCUGCUGCGCAGCCAUAAGGACUAUCAGUAUUCGAGACAGACUUUUCUGCGAUUGUGGGUUCACGAGAGUUUCCGAGUUUUCUGCGAUCGGCUUAUUGACGAGAAGGACAGAGAGUGGUUCGUGACUCAGUUGAACGAUCAGCUCGGGAAGCACUUUGAGUUGACCUUCCAUAAUGUCUGUCCGGAGAAAAGAUGCCCUAUUUUUGGUAGUUUCAUGAAUGCUUGGAAUAUAUACGAAGAUCUCUCGGAUAUCGGUGCCGUAAGGCGUUACAUGGAAGAACAGAUGGACGAGUAUAAUGCUUCUCGUGGCGUGGUCCGCCUCGAUCUCAUCCUGUUCCGCGAUGCGAUUGAACAUGUAUGUCGCAUCGUUCGUGUAAUAUCGCAGCCUCACGGUAAUAUCCUUCUGAUUGGAAUUGGUGGUAGUGGUAGACAAUCGCUUUCACGUAUUGGCAGUUACAUGUGCGAUCUGUCCACCUAUCAAGUUGCCAUUACGGCACAAUAUAGGAUACCGGAAUUUCGUGAAGAUCUCAAGACUCUGUACUCAAUGGUCGGGGUGGAGAACAAACCGACUAGUUUCCUCUUCAACGAUACCCAAGUGGUGGAGGAGCAGUUUCUGGAGAUUGUCAACAAUAUGCUGAGUACUGGCGAAGUGGCUAAUCUCUACAAGAGCGACGAAAUGGAGAACAUUAAAAAUAGAUUAUCGAAGGAAGUAACGAAGGCUGGAAAGAUACCAACAACGGAGACGGUAUAUUGCUUUCUGAUUGAGAGGGCGCGUGCCAAUAUGCAUUUGAUCCUGUGCAUGAGCCCGAUCGGCGAUGCCUUCAGGAACAGAUUACGGCAGUAUCCUUCCCUGAUCAAUUGCACGACCAUCGAUUGGUUCUUGGAAUGGCCGAGAGAAGCUCUCCUCGAAGUUGGCAACAAGUUCCUCAUGAAUCUCAAUCUGACGCUCACUAUCACCGGCGAAAAUAAAGUGGAACCACGGCAGUCCGCGACAGCUAUUCCAUUGCCACCGUUACAGGACCGAAUGCGCGAUGGAAUUGCAGCAUCAUUCUCUUUGAUCCACGACACGGUGUCCCAGUUCUCUCGCAGAAUGGCCGCCGAAAUGAAACGUUACAAUUACGUGACUCCCGUGAAUUUUAUCGAGCUCGUAAUCAGUUACAAAGAGAUGUUGGCAGAAAAGCGACAAGAUUUAGCAGACCAAGCGAACAAACUUCGCGGCGGCCUCUCGAAGAUCGACGAUACUCGGGUGAAAGUUAAAGAAAUGGCGGCGGAGCUCGAAGUCACUCAGCAGCAAGUUCAUAAAUCUACGAGAGAGUGCGAAGAAUUCCUCGUAACGAUAGUAAACCAACGUCGCGAUGCCGAUGAAACGCAGAGACAGGUCACCGCCAAAUCGCAACGUAUAGCCGAGGAGCAAAAAGAAUGCAAGAAGCUCGAGGAGCUCGCACGAGCUGAUCUAGCAACCGUCGAACCUGCUUUGAACGAAGCUAUGAAGGCAUUAGACGCUUUGAGUAAAAAAGAUUUAGCUGAAAUUAAAUCCUUUACGCAUCCACCGCCAAAAGUCGAGAUGGUGAUGGAAGCCGUGAUGAUUAAAAAUUCAGAACCGACGUGGGCAGAAGCGAAACGCCAACUUAGUGACGUAAACUUCAUUAAUACGCUUCGAGACUUCGACAAAGAUCAUAUAUCGGACAGAGUUCUACGAACAAUAGCCAAGUACACAUCCAAUCCUGAAUUCGAUCCUAUAAAGGUCGGCGUAGUAUCUAUUGCAGCUAAGUCACUUUGCAUGUGGGUGAUAGCUAUGGAAAAGUACGGCCAACUAUACAGAAUCGUGGCACCGAAACGGGAAAGACUACAGAUCGCGUUAGAGUCGUUGAAGCAAAAGGAAAUGGCCUUAGAGGAGGCAAUGCAGCAGCUGCAAAACUUACACGAGCAGCUCAAGAGAUUACAACGAAUGUACGACGCUAAGAUGAAAGAAAAGGAGGAUUUGAUUAAGCUGGCUGAAUUGUUAAAGCUGAAACUAGAGCGUGCAGCGAUGUUGGUGGAUGGCCUUUCCGAAGAACGUAUUCGAUGGGAAAACACAGUAGCGUCAUUAACCGAAUGUUUCGAGUGGCUGCCAGGGGAUUGCUUGAUAUCUACUGGAUUUGUGUCGUACUUGGGACCAUUUGUGUCCAAUUAUAGGCAGGAACUAAUAAAUAUUUGGUCCAAGGAAGUGCGAGAUAAGGAGAUACCGACAUCGCCAAAUCUAGAUGUGAAGGAGUUCCUAGCUGAUCCGUCGACAAUCAGGGAGUGGAACACUCAAGGAUUACCAUCCGAUGGAUUUAGCACGGAGAACGGCAUCAUAGUAACGCGAGGAACACGUUGGCCUCUCAUAAUCGAUCCACAAUGUCAAGCGGUGAAGUGGAAAAAUAUGGAGACGAAAAACUCACUGAGAGUAAUCGACUUUGGUCAAGCGAACUUUAUGAAAGUUCUGGAACAAGCAAUUCAGUUCGGUACGCCAGUACUGCUUGAAAAUAUCGGAGAGACCCUUGAUCCAAGCUUGAAUCCGCUACUCCAAAAAGCUUUCAUUAAAUCAGGAGAUCAAAUAAUGAUCAAAUUUAACGAUAAAAUAAUUACUUACAAUGAUCAAUUCCGGCUGUUUAUGACUACAAAGCUCUCGAAUCCCCACUGCCCGGAGAUUUCAACUAAAACGACAUUAUGCAACUUUGCCAUUAAGGAGCAGGGUCUCGAAGCGCAGCUUCUCGGAAUCGUGGUGAGGAAAGAGAAGCCGCAGCUCGAAGAACAGAAAGACAAUCUGGUACUUACAAUUGCAUCCGAUAAACGGACUCUCAGAGAACUAGAAGAUAAAAUACUUCAUUUACUCAGCGUGGCGGGAGAAACUCUUCUAGACGAUCCAGAUUUACUGAAUACUUUGCAAACAUCAAAGGCAACAUCUAUCUCUAUUCAAGAGUCUCUAGCUGUUACUGAACAGACAGAAAAAGAAAUAGAUUUAGCGAGAGAAGGAUAUCGAUCAUGCGCGAAACGUGCCUCGAUUCUUUUCUUCGUUUUAAACGACAUGAGCAUCAUCGAUCCCAUGUAUCAGUUUUCCCUCGUUGCAUACAACGCACUGUUUAUGCUUUCUAUUGAUAAAAGUUCUAAAAGAACAAAAUUGUCUGAGAGAAUUGAUCAUCUGAACGAAUAUCACACAUAUGCAGUUUACAGGAACACAUGCCGAGGUCUGUUCGAGCAGCACAAGCUACUCUUUUCUUUUCACAUGUGCGUCAAGAUAUUGGAUGCGCAGGGUAAAAUCAUCCCGAGAGAAUACGCGUUUCUGCUCCGCGGCGGAAUCGUAGUGGACCGAGAAAAUCAGCCGGACAAACCCGUGUCGUGGUUGCCGGAUGAAACUUGGGACAAUGUCACUGAACUCGACAAGCUGCCCGGAUUUCACGGAGUCGUUUCUUCUUUUGAGCAGCUCCCGCGUGAUUGGCACAAUUGGUACAUCAGCACAGAACCGGAAACUGUACCGCUAGUAGGCGAAUGGGAGGAAGGGUGCACUGAGUUUCAGAAAAUAUUAUUCGUUCGCAGCUGUCGACCUGACAGAAUAUCCUUCUGCAUUACGACCUAUAUCGUUCGCAAUCUCAGUCAAAGUUUCGUGGACCCUCCUGUACUUGACCUAAAAGCAGUCUUAAAUGAUUCUGUAGCACAGACACCACUGAUAUUCGUCCUUUCACCUGGCGUGGAUCCUACUGGCAUUCUCACGCAGUUAGUUGACAGUCAAGACAUGUCUGCUAAAUUCACGACAUUAUCACUAGGCCAAGGACAAUCUUCUAUUGCCACGAGCUUGAUAGAAGUCGGUGCCAAAGAAGGAUUUUGGGUAUUUCUUGCGAAUUGCCACCUCUCACUCAGUUGGAUGCCCAAGCUCGAUAAUAUUGUAGAAAUGCUUGGUUCCAGCCAAACUUUACAUCCAAGAUUUAGACUAUGGCUUAGUUCAAGUCCGACUCCUCAGUUUCCUAUAUCGAUUCUUCAAGCCGGGAUAAAAAUGACUACCGAGCCGCCAAAAGGAUUAAAAGCCAACAUGAAGCGCCUUUACGGUUUAAUUACCGAAACUCAGUUCGACUUGUGCCAGGAAAAGUCCAAAUAUAAAAAGCUGUUAUUCACACUGGUCUUCUUCCACUCUACUUUAGAACGAAAGAAAUUCCAACAACUUGGCUGGAACGUUGUCUACAGUUUCAACGAUUCUGACUUCGAGGUCUCUGAGAAUUUGCUGCAAGUUUACCUGGACGAAUAUCCAGUCACACCGUGGGAAUCUUUGAAAUAUCUCAUAGCAGGUGUUUGCUAUGGUGGUCACGUGACCGACGACUGGGAUCGCCGUUUGUUGAUGACAUACAUCCAGCAAUAUUUCACGGAGGACGUCCUGACUACCCAUUAUCGUUUGUCAUCGCUGCCCACCUAUUACGUGCCCCGCGACGGUUCCUUGGAGUCCUACCGCGACUUUAUCGCGAUUCUGCCGAACAUCGACAGGCCGGAAGCAUUUGGUCAGCAUCCAAAUGCGGAUAUCACUUGCCUUAUAAUGGAGACUAGAAACAUGUUUGAGACUUUGAUGAGUCUUCAGGUGCAGACCGUUAGUAUAGAAAUGUACGAGGAUAAGGAGGAAAAGGUAAUGCAACUCGCGAGCGACAUCUCGAGAAUACCGGAAACGAUUGAUUACGAGACAACAGAGAGGUUGAUAGGACCAAAUAAGACGCCGUUGGAUGUGGUACUUCUUCAAGAGAUUGGAGGAUACAAUGUGUUAUACAAAAAUCGAGACAGUCUUGAGGAACUUCAACGCGGAAUUAUGGGAUUGGUGGUUAUGUCGCGCGAAUUAGAAGAAAUCUUCAAGUGCAUAUAUGAAGGAAGAGUACCGUCUCUCUGGCUGACCGCGUAUCCGUCGUUGAAACUGCUUGGCGCUUGGACGAGGGAUCUAAUCAAUCGAGUCGAGCACUUCGCCAAUUGGGCUCAAACCACUCAUCCGCCAUUGCUCUUCUGGCUAGCUGCGUAUAUAUUUCCGACCGGAUUCCUUACCGCGGUGCUACAAACUUCGGCGAGACUCUGGAACGUAUCUAUCGAUUCAUUGUCAUGGGAGUUUAUUGUCUUCUCAACGGAUGAGUCUGCUAUAAUCGAGCCGCCCAUGGACGGCGUAUAUAUACGCUCUAUUUUUCUGGAGGGUGCUGGCUGGGACAAAGAGAAAGGUAUUCUCAUCGAACCCGCAUCUAUGCAACUCGUAUGCAACAUGCCGGUGAUUCAUUUUCGACCCGUUGAACAAGUUAAAAAAAGAAUCAAAGAAUUAUAUCAUUGCCCUUGUUAUUAUUAUCCUCAAAGAAGCGGCGAUCAAACGAGAUCUGCGUUCGCCGUCGCUGUAGAUCUCAAAGCUGGACCACAAGGUCCAGAUUUCUGGGUGAAACGAGGAACUGGGCUUUUAUUAAGCCUGACCGUAUAAACUGUAUGUUAAUAUAUUUUAUAAUUCAAGUCUCAGUUUAAUUUUAGCAAUAACAUGAUAUAUUUAUUUGAAAUAGCGUAUUAUAUUAUUUUUUAUGUUUCAUUAUGUUAUACAUAAAGAUUCAUUUUGGAGAUUGUGUUAUAGAUUUCAAUGUAUUAUGAAAUUAAUAAA